AUGAAAGUUCUCGAACUAUUCACCAUCACUUUAUUAUAUUGUACUUCUAUAGUGUACGGAUUGUCCAAUGUCAGGUUAUUAAAGGAAACAAAAAGGAACGGUCAAAAUGGCAUAAUCAAAUUAACAGAUAAAAACUUCAAAAGGGUCUUAGAAGGCCCAAGAGACUCCUACAUAAUACUUUUAUUGACAGCUACACAUCCAGCUGUUGGUUGUAAAGUGUGUGAAGAAAUUAAUCCAGAGUACGACGUAAUUGCUGAAUCAUGGUUUCAUGCUCAUCCUGAUGGUAUAAACGAUGGUAAAAAGGGAUUGUUUUUCUCUAAAUCAGACUUUAUCGAUGGAGAUAACCAAGAAUUGUUUAAAUUUUUCCAAGUUUCCAAUGUUCCAAUAUUUAUAGUUUAUAAACCAACGGAUAAAGCGGGGCCUGAAAGUUUGACGGAAUACAGCAUGUUGAAUAUGCCAGGAGUUAACAAGGGGAAAGAACGUAUUCAACUCUUCAUCAAUUCAAUAUCACAUCACUUUCAAUUGAAUAAUUUUGUUAUUUACGAACCUAUCAAUUGGGGUUCUAGGAUUAUCACCAUAUUGGGAGUAUCAGGCAUUGUGCUUUUGUUGAUGAAAUAUAGAAACCUCGUUAAAUCGGUUUUACUUUCCAAAAUCUUGUGGGCUAUAUUUUCAUGCCUUUUUAUUAUUAUUAUGUGCAAUGGUUAUAUGUUCAAUAAAAUUAGAGGUGCACCAUACGCUGGCGGUAAUGAAAAAACUGUUGAGUAUUUCAAAAACGGUAUGCAGGAACAAUUUGCCAUUGAAACCCAAAUUGUUUCAUUUAUUUACUCUACUUUGGGAGUCGCUGUUUUGUUAUUGAUUAAAUUUGUACCAUUUUCACUCAAAUUUUACGAAAAGAAGAACAAAGAGCAUACUGCUGUUUUAGCUUAUUUAGGCAUGUCUAUAUUGUUCUUGGUGGCAAUUUUUAUUUUUUACAGUGCUUUGAUUCGAGUAUUUAGAAUGAAAUAUUCACAUUAUCCUUUUAAAUUAGGUAAAUGA